UUAAUUCACCUGCAAUAUCCAUUUCCUCUUCGUGGAUUGUGUGGGCCGACUGCCUAGAACAGCUGGAAUUUUCCUGGAAUCAAGACUUGCUAUUGCUGUAGCUGCUAUGGAACAAUCAAUAUCUCUUUUACUGCUUGCACUCAUCAAGCUGGUGACAUCUGUGUAUUAUGAAGGUUCGGGAUAUGCAGCUGACGAGAAUUAUAACAACGAAGUAUACGUUGAACAGCGCCCUUCCACUCCUUUUCUGGAUUACCGAGCCCCUCGUUGGUGCUAUGAUCUCAACAUUCAGGAUGGAGAGGCUGCUUGCUAUUCACCACGAGGGGGGACUUAUCGUAGCACUCUCAGUACACGAUGCCGGUUAUCUUGUGACCAGGGUUACCGACUCCUGGGACAGAGUUCAGUGCAAUGCUUACCAAGCCGGCGCUGGUCUGGAAAUGCAUACUGCAGGAAAAUUCUGUGCCAUGUACUGCCCGCACUUCCUCAUGGAUCCUACCACUGCUCAGAUGGUGUAUCUGAAGGGUCUCGCUGCGAUUACACCUGUGCUUCUGGCUAUCAGAUAGAAGGCGACCGUAGCCGUAUCUGUAUGGAAGACGGGCUGUGGAGUGGAGCAGAACCUGUCUGUGUAGAUGUGGACCCACCAAAGAUUCAGUGCCCUACUUCCAGAGUUAAAUUUGCAGAGCCAGAGAAACUGACAGCUGUGGUUUACUGGGGCAGACCUCAAGUGAAGGAUACAGCUGAUGGAGUGAUCACAAGAGUUACACUCAGAGGCCCUGAGCCAGGUUCGGAGUUCCCGGAGGGGGAACAUGUAAUCCGGUACACGGCAUAUGACCAGGCACACAACCGGGCAAGCUGUAAAUUUAUAGUGAAAGUGCAAGUGAGAAGAUGCCCCAUACUUUCUCCUCCCCUUCAUGGAUACAUCACCUGUAGCUCUGCAGGAAAUAACUACGGUGCAAACUGCGAGUACCUUUGCGAGGGAGGCUACGAACGCCAAGGACAAGCGUCCAGAGUUUGCCUGUUUAGUCAGCAGUGGGCAGGAACCCCAGCCACAUGCACACGCAUGAAAAUAAAUGUUAAUAUGAACUCUGCUGGAGGUUUCAUAGAUCAAUUCUUUGAGAAGCAACGUCUCCUGAUCAUCUCUGCCCCUAGCUCUUCUGACCGCUAUUACAGGCUUCAGUCAUCAGCCCUGCAGAGUGCAAACUGUGGAUUUGAACAGCGACAAGUUGUCGUUGUUGAGCUGGUCGGAGAGGAGCCAAAUGAAGUUGGACGUGUGCGUGAACAGCAACUUUCACACGACCUCAUCGAACAGAUAAGACAAGCUCUUCACAUGACCCGAUCAUACUUCAAUAUGGUCCUUCUUGAUAAAUAUGGCGUAGAUCGGGAACGCUACAGGGAACCCAUUGGGUCUGAUGAGAUCUUCACAUAUAUUGAUACCUAUUUACUGAGCUCCCAGGAGAUGACUCAGCUGGAGGCUAAAAGAGAAAACUGUGAAUAGUAAAUCAUAAAGCCAUUCUGUAUAAACCAUGUAUGCUUCCGAUAGGUAAACAUAUGGGACAAUGAUUGGCUAUAUUCCAGGAGUAACUAUGUUUGAACAUAAGCGCGAUAAAACCAAUGGCCGAUGCACUGGAGGGGAAAUCUAUUCAAUGAAAGUUGUCCUUAAGUGUCUUCCGAGGUCUAGGACAGAGGUAGGCAACGUUCGGCACUCCAGAUGUGAUUACAGCCAUAAUGCUGGCAAAGCAUUAGGGUAGAUGUAGUCCACAACAUGUGGAGUGCCAAUGUUUGCCUACCUCUGGUCUAGGGUUUUCCUGUUUCAUAAUCCACCAGUUGAUUAAUUAAACUUCCACAGAGAGCUAUUGAUCAUGAUGAGGUGGCUUCCUGGUUCGUCUACCCUUCUCUACCACGUGGUCUAGAAAUCUCUAAACAGCCAAGCAGAAACUUUAGAACUAAGCUGCUUGGGGGAAGGCUACGAAAAUCAAGGACAGUUGUUGGACCAAUUGAAAUACAAUUUAUAAGUAUUUAUUAAUAAGAAAAAGUAUAUUGUUGUUAUUUAAAAAAAAUAAAAAUAAACACAGA